AUGAAUCUGGCUAUGCUAAUCACUAACUUCAAGCAAAUGCUAUCCUGGACUGUUUGGAAGACCUGGGACAAUGACUGGAACGAAGGCAUUCUCAACGCCUGGAUUAGACAGCGACGCAAAGACGUCAACAUCGCUACUACCCGUUUGCUCUACAUUUACCAGGUUUUCGAGACAAGUGAGGGAUAUCUUGGCGCAGUUGACUAUCAAGUUGUCGAAGGUGACCAUCUUUAUGCCCUCGCAGGCUACAACAAGCCAGUCAUCUUGAGACAUAAUACAAAUAUAUCUUACGCUUUCGUGGAGUGA